UCGUCAGGCCCUGGGGGUAUUUCUGUGGGGCGACGCCCAGCACUCCCUGUCCCGUCAGUGCCGGGGUGCGCAGGAGCCAGCUGCAGCUGAGUUCAGUAUGGAGUCAGAAAAGACCACAAAACAAGGCCUACCGAAGGUUGAGGAACAGCAGCAAGCGAGUGUUGUCAACCGGGUAACCAGCUUGCCCUUGCUCAGCUCUGCGUUCAACCUGGUCUCAUCUGCCUACAACCACACCAAGGAGACGCAUCCUUGCCUCAGCGGUGUCUGCAACGUGGCCGAGACCGUGGCUGCGGUGGCAGUGGGCAGCGUGGUUGGUGGGGCGCAGCCCAUCCUGAACCAACUCGAGUCACAGAUUGCACUUGUAAAUGAAUAUGCCUGUAAAGGACUGGAUCAGCUGGAGGAGAACUUGCCUUUUCUUCAACAGCCAGCAGAUAAGGUCAUCUCAGACACCAAGCAGCUGGUUUCCACCAAGGUGAUAUCUGCUAUGGAUGCUGCCUGUGAGGCGAAGGAAGCAAUGGCUGAUAAAGUGACUGAAGCUGUAGACCUCACUAAAAAUGUUGUUGGGGACAGUGUCAAGCUGACCAGGUCAGUGGUCACCUCCACUGUGCACAGUGCCAUGGAGGCCGCCCAGGGCGCCAAGGACCUUGUGACUCACAAGGUGACCGAGGCGGUGGAUCUCACAAAACACAUGGUGGAGGACAGCGUUGGAUUGACCAAGUCUGCAGUCGCUUCUACUAUUGUCAAUGCCGUGGAGGCUGCUCAGGGCGCCAAGGACCUUGUGACUCACAAGGUGACGGAGGCGGUGGACCUCAGCAAGCAUAUUGUGGAGGACAGUGUUGGACUGACCAAGUCUGCGGUCGCUUCUACUAUUGUGAAUGCUGUGGAGGCUGCUCAAGGUGCCAAGGACCUUGUGACUGUCAAGGUGACCGAGGCGGUGGGCCUCACAAAACACAUGGUGGAGGACAGUGUUGGAAUGACCAAGUCUGCAGUCGCUUCUACCAUUACUGCUGCUGUAGGGGCUGCCCAGGGUGCCAAGGACCUUGUGACUAACAAGGUGACCGAAGCAGUGGACCUCAGCAAACAUCUCGUGGAGGACAGUGUUGAAAUGACCAAGUCUGCAGUCGCUUCUACUAUUGUCAAUGCCAUGGAGGCUGCUCAGGGUGCCAAGGACCUUGUGACCGUCAAGGUGACAGAGGCGGUGGACCUGACCAAAGGGGCUGUUCAGGAUGGUGUUGAGAAGACCAAAUCAGCAGUCACUUCUACAGUCACUACAGCUCUGGAUGCUGCAUAUGGCACCAUAAGUAGCAAAAUAAAUACAGCCUUGGAGCAGAGCAGAGAGGCCAUCCAGGAGGGAGUGGAGAAGACCAAUUUGGUGGUGAACAACAGCAUUGGCAAAGCCAAGGCCGUGAGCCAGGCAGUGGCAGGUGGGGUGGAAUCUGUCCUGGUUAUGUCAGAAGAUCUGGUGGAUCACUACCUCCCGAUGACCGAGGAGGAACUAGGUAAGCUGGCCGCUGCCGUGGAGGGAUCUGGAAUGGCUUCUGUGGAGGAGCAGAAACAGCAACGGAGUUACUUUGUGCGUCUGGGCUCCCUCUCUAACAGAGUCCGUCACCGAGCCUAUCGCCACUCCCUGAACAAACUGCAGCGUGUUAAGCAGCGCACCCAGGAUACUCUCUCGCGACUACAGCUGGCAAUAAAACUGGUACAGACACGCUUUUUCCUUUUUCCUCCUGUCUGUAGUCCUCCUGCUCUGCUAUUCAGAUGGAAGCUCUUCCUCCAUCCUGCACCAGCUACAUGUCAACUUGGAUCCCUCCCUGGGAGGGAAACACUCGUGCUUCUCUGUGUGUGCUUGCAAUACAGCUCUUCCUCUCAUUUUUCCCAUCAGAUUGAAUCUGUGAAACAAGAGGUUGGCCAGAAGCUUCUGGAUGGGCAGGAGAAGCUCCAUCGGCUGUGGGUGGACUGGUGCCUGACCCAACCCAAAGGAAUCCAAGUUAAAACUGCCUCCCAAGCAGAGCAGGUAGAGUCACGGACUCUAGCUAUGCUGCACAUCAUCACCCAGCAGCUCCAACCUGUUUACGAGAAUCUGAAAACCAGCAUCCAAGGCCUCCCCAGCAACAUCCAAGAAGCUGUGUACCAGGCCACUCGAAAUAUCCACAAGCUCCACAGCUCUUUUGCCAGUGCUAUGUCCUUCCAGGACCUCUCCAGCACCACCCUGAGCGAGAGCCACGACUACGUGGUGGACGCCCGAAGGUCCCUAGAUGACCUGUUUGAGUACGUAUCGCAGAACACCCCCCUGAACUGGCUUGUGGGUCCCUUCAGAGCCAGAGCUAAAGUGUCACAGGACAGCAGAAAGCAGCAGAAGAAGAAAAAUACAGUGACUGAUACCAAAUCAGCCACGGUGGAAACGGCUACACCAUCGAAGGAGGAGACUAAGACACCUGAAGAACCAAAGGGAGCAAACAGGACCCUGGGGGAAGGCUGUGAAGUGCUGGAGAAGCUGGAAGAGAAGGCAGAGAAAGACCCAGAGGUGGCACUGACUGCAAAGGAGAUAAAAACUGAUGCGCCAGAGGAAGAUCUCUGAACAAUUCCAGCUCUUCUGGCCAGAGCUCCCUGGCUGGGACAGCACUUGGUCUUUUUAUCAUGUGUCCAACUGCAAAUCAUGUCAAGAGUGUCUCCUGCUCUCUGCCUGGGCCAGGCUGAGUUUACAGUGGGGCUUAGUUUACAAGGAGACUUGCUAACCGAGGUGGGGUGAUUCCAUAUCCUGAUUUACUAUUUUUUAAAUCAUGCUGCUGCACUGAUGGGGAAGAUGGGGACCUGUACUUCAGCUUUUAAGUCAGCCCAGCUCUGUGUGUGAAUGACAAGUCAUUGCUGAGGCAAUUUGCGGAAGAGAAGUUGUUGUCUCAACUUAUUUUUAACGUUGGGUUUGGGUUUAAUUCAUCCAAGCCGCAGAGAUCUUGAGAUGAUAAAGUGCUUGAGCUUUGAUACCAUUUCCCUCCUUCUACAAAUUUAAAAAUACACAUCACAGACACUAUUUCCUCUCUGCCCAUUGUGCCUCCAGAGCAGCUCAGCCCUGCAGACCAACAGCUCGGGGCACGAGGCCACUUCCCAAAGAGAAACUUCUCUUUGUGGAUCAGCCAAGCACUUUUUCUUUCACAGAGAAACACUUAGCAAGGUGGGAUUUUCUUUUAAACACACCCGUUUGCAGUGGGAUUAUCUUUCCUAGUCAGAGAAAUGACUCUGGGGCUUUUCUGUUUGUGUUCAAGUCCAUGUAUGAAACCUUUUGUGCAGCCAUUAAGAAGCUGGUAAAUGAGGCAGCUUUUCCCAGGAGUUCCGUGGUGAUAGGAUCUCCUGCUAAAAUAGGGGAGGUGGGUGUGGGUUGUUUUCCCAGCAAAUAAUGCUGUGUAAUCAUUUCUAAUGUAACUAUAUUUGGUAACUAUGUCCUGGCAUGGUCCCUGUGCUAAGGCUGGAAUGAAUGGCAAUCAGACUUCAGAAUAAAAUGUGACCUGUGUUCAAAGAAA